GGCGGCGGCAGCGGCGGUGGCAGCAGCUGCAGGUCCGCACCACCCCCACUCUGGACUAGGGGCAAGCAGGCGAGCGGGGGCGGGUGGGCUGGGGCGUACAGGGCCCAGGCCAACAGGCACCUUAGCUCCAUAGCCCACCCUCCUCACGCACACCUGUGACGCCCGGCGCGCCCCCUGCCCGUACGCGCGCGGCCCACGCAGCUCUGGACACAGGCGGCCGAGGUUGCGGAGUCCCUCCACUCCGAGGCGCCAGGGGCCAAGCAGCGAUUAGGUGGCUGCGUGGGUGACUGUGGUCGUGACAGGUGGCUGCAAGCAGGGUCGCAGGUGCAUUCGAGCGGGUUGGUGGCCUACGUGGUGUGUGCUUGAGCUGAGCCACCGUGGAAGACAUGCUGCUGCUCAAGAAACAGACGGAGGACAUCAGCAGUGUCUAUGAGAUCCGGGAGAAGCUGGGCUCGGGUGCCUUCUCUGAGGUGAUGCUGGCCCAGGAAAGGGGCUCUGCUCAUCUUGUGGCCCUCAAGUGCAUUCCCAAGAAAGCACUUCGGGGCAAGGAGGCCCUGGUGGAGAAUGAGAUCGCGGUACUUCGCAGAAUCAGCCAUCCCAACAUUGUGGCUCUGGAGGACGUCCAUGAGAGUCCUUCUCAUCUCUACUUGGCCAUGGAGCUGGUAACAGGUGGUGAACUGUUUGACCGCAUCAUGGAGCGGGGCUCCUACACAGAGAAGGACGCCAGCCACCUUGUAGGGCAGGUCCUUGGCGCUGUCUCCUACCUUCAUAGCCUGGGCAUCGUGCACCGGGACCUCAAGCCUGAAAACCUCCUCUAUGCCACACCUUUUGAGGACUCCAAGAUCAUGGUCUCUGACUUUGGCCUGUCCAAAAUACAAGCUGGCAACAUGCUAGGCACAGCCUGUGGGACCCCAGGAUAUGUGGCCCCAGAGCUCCUGGAGCAGAAACCCUACGGGAAGGCCGUAGAUGUGUGGGCCCUGGGUGUCAUCUCCUACAUCCUGCUGUGUGGGUACCCCCCCUUCUAUGAUGAGAGCGAUCCUGAACUCUUCAGCCAGAUUCUGAGGGCCAGCUAUGAGUUUGACUCCCCCUUUUGGGAUGACAUCUCAGAAUCAGCCAAAGACUUCAUUCGCCACCUUCUGGAACGUGAUCCCCAGAAGAGGUUCACCUGCCAGCAGGCCCUACAGCAUCUUUGGAUCUCUGGGGAUGCAGCCUUCGAUAGGGACAUCCUGGGUUCUGUCAGUGAGCAGAUCCAGAAGAAUUUUGCCAGGACCCACUGGAAGCGUGCAUUCAAUGCCACAUCAUUCCUACGUCACAUCCGUAAGCUGGGACAAAGCCCAGAGGGUGAGGAGGCCUCCAGGCAGUGUAUGACCCGUCAUAGCCACCCAGGCCUUGGGACUAGCCAGUCCCCCAAGUGGUGAAAACCAGCCCUUUUGGUCUCUUUCCUGGAUCCUUGUCCUCCAGACUGGCCUCUGCUGGAAAGUCUGAGACUGGGUGUGAUGCAUGGCACUAGGGUACGGGGCUUCCCCAGUAUGUCCCCCAGCCUCUAUUCUUACCUAUGGUGGAGGCUCCCUUUCCCAUGUCGCUGCCACCCUCUAUGGAAACUGAGGAGGUGUUCAAAAGUGGACUUGGGAGCCAUCCUUCCUGCACCUUGCACGAACACAUGCAUUGUGUGGCUGUUCUGUGCUUUGCUGACUGUGGGUGGUCCUGCUUGUGUUGUGGCCCUUUAGUUCCUCCUUUUCCUAACCAAUAAAGACAAACAGAACCAUG